AUGGAAGGCCGCGUCGCAUUGUUAGCGAAUCGAUGUGCUCAGUACGAGCACAUCUUGCAGAACUGGAAUGAGAUUGAGCGAACUGCCUCGCUUUCUGCCGACCUUCGAACCGCAAGAAAGCAACUUAAUUCUCAAAUCAAUCAGAUCGAGGCUGCGACUGCCAAGUCCCUUCCUGUGAUAUCUGAACGAUUGACCCAUGCAUACAACAGAGCUACUGAAGCACGCUCACAUAUUCCCUUACUUACUAAGGAAACACGAGCAGCCAAUGCUAGCUUUGCAGAAGGUCACAAAAAGGCUCAGCGCCUUGUAGGUGUACUAAGCACCCAUACUGCUCACUGGACGACCAAGCUUGUUCGAAUCAUUCGUCGUGAAGCACCCCCGGAUCGGUAUACUGUGCAAUGGCAACUGUUCAUUUUGGACUCUUCCUCAUCACACUUGCCUUCGCACGUUGGGUGUUUACCUGGGUGGGUUGGAGGAUUCUGA